AUGUCAAAAAGACGUCCUCACACUAAGUCUCGAAGUGGAUGUAAUCGAUGCAAAAGACGUCGGAUCAAAUGCGAUGAAGCCGGACCCCCUUGCGCCACUUGCAGAGCUCGGAAUGCGGAGUGUGAAUAUUCUGUUGAUAUCUUUCGGCCCUCCAGUUGGGUGCAAUCCAGCGAGAAUGCGAGGACAGAGUGUAAAACGCAACCAGCGCUUCAAACACCACAUCGAGAAUCCUACGAAGCUGUGCAAGAUGGCCCGAGUCUUCCGCCAACCUCAUUAACUCGCAAUCGAGAACUACAGCUAAUGCAUCACUGGACAUUAAAGACAUGUCAUUCGUUUUCGGCCACAUUAAGUCAGGUUUUCCAGACGUAUGUGGUGAAACAAGCGCUUCACUAUCCCUUCCUGAUGGACUCUUUCCUUGCACUCACGGCACUACACAUGGCGUCUGAACUAUCGGACACCGUGGAAAAGAAAGAACUUCUGAAUGAUGCCCUUCGAUACCAGAGCAGAGCAAUGCCUGUAUUUCGAGAUGAGUUAGGAAAUGUGUCGCCGGCUAAUUGCCAUGCACUUUUUGCGUGUUCUGUUAUUAUGAUGGCUUGCACUGUGGUUUUUCCCUCUUUGGAAGCCAGGUAUGGGUGGGAGAACAGAGCAAAAGCCCCCACUGGCCUUAAGUCUCUCUUCCAUCUCAUUAGUGGGAUUCACUCUAUCAUUGAUCAGGCGCGCGAAUCCCUGGAGGAAGGGCCAUUCAAGGCAAUCAUCCAGCCUUGGUCGGGGGCAGAUCCAGCAUUUUUAUCGCCCGAGGAGCGUGUCCUCCCUUCCGAGCUCAGGAUGCUUUGCGAUGAUGGAUCGUUGUCACCUCUCUACAGAAACGCAAUCGAUACGCUUGAACACUUUGCCAUGGCAGAGGGAAUGAUGAUUCCGUGGAUCAAGGUGGUUGGGGAGGAUUUUAUCGAACGAGUGGAGGAUGGAGAGUCAUUGGCUUUGUUGAUCUACGUUUGCUGGGCAAGGCUAAUGGCCCGUCAAGAGAUGUGGUGGGCUCAAAGUGCAGGUAAGAUGAUCGUACAAGAUUUUGGACAUGUAGAAAGUGGUGAAGAGAGGGACCGCCUGUUAAAAUUGGCUCCUUUUCUACAUGAAAUGCUCUCCAGCACCUAA